UGACUGGAAUAGCCAGGCCGAUAAACGUUAUCAGUGCUUUGUGGCGAGUCAAUCCUAUCAUAAUGAAGUGUUGCUACCUGUGCACAUGUGUUAAUAUAUAACGCGACAACACCAGGAAGUCAGGUCUGUCGGGUAGUUUAUAACGUGUAUAGGGCGGGGUAGGUCGUUACCGUUACAGUGGUGUGCGCGAAACCCAAACAGGACACACACGCCAACAUCUGCAAACAAGAAUUUUCAUCCAAGAACUACGUAACCGACCAACCAGGUAGUAUCAUGGUUCCACGAGCGAAACACGGUACCGUUCUGCUUUGUGUAGGAAUAUUUCUGUUUUGCCUGCCAAAUUUAUCAUCAUCAUCAUCAUCAACAUCAACGCAACAAACACUAACAACGUCGGAAACAAACGACCCAUCAUCAUCAACGACAACAACAGUACCAACGUCAACAUCCUCACAGCAACCAUCGUCUACCCCAACGACUCUCAUAUCAACUGCCCCAGCGACUCCCUCAUCAACUGCCCCAACGACUCCCACAUCAACUGUCCCAACGACUCCCUCAUCAACUGCCCCAACGACUCCCUCAUCAACUGUCUCAACGACUCCCUCAUCAUCUGCGACAACGACUCCCUCAUCAUCUGCGACAACGACUCCCUCAUCAACUGUCUCAACGACUCCCUCAUCAACUGCCACAACGACUCCCUCAUCGUCUGCCCCAACGACUCCCUCAUCAACUGCCCCAACGACUCCCUCGUCAACUGUCCCAACGACUCCCUCAUCAACCGCCACAACGACUCCCUCAUCGUCUGCCCCAAUGACUUCCUCAUCGUCUACACCAACGACUGUCUCAUCAUCUGCCGCACAGCCUUCCUCAUCAUCUGCCGUGCCGACUACUACAGUCACCACCGGUGCACCGGAGGAGUACCCCAAUACACCAGUAAACGAAGAAUCCUACUUUGAGUUGAAAAUUGCCUUCAGCUACAAAAACAGCUCGAAUGCAAGUACAAUUGUUGCGAAACUCAACACAGUGUUUAAAGAUACUCCAGGAUUUCUAAAAGUGACUCUGAAUGCGUCUCCGAAUAGAGUGAGAAGGGACACAACGCCAACUGACAGUUUUACAGUAUCUUUCGUCGCCGAUGUCAUACAAAACAACACUGAUUUUGAUUCAGCCAUUCAUCAGAAUGUUGCUAGGCUGAGUGCUGAUUUAACUUUCGAUGACAACAUUAACAGCACGAUUGAUACCUGUACGUAGCUCGAACCUGUUUGAAGGGGCUGGUCGGGG